AUGAGAAAACCAAUUGAAAUGGAAGCAAAUACUAAUUUUAACACUGCCGAUUUGAUUAAUGAUCUAAACACCGUGAUUACUAAGGUUAAUCCGACUGAUGCCGAUGGUCUCCAAGAGAUAGUAGCCGAUGCCGAUGGUGUUUACACCCAGCAAGAAAAACUCGCCGCCAAGCAAGCAAUUGCCUUGCGGCAUAGUAUAUAA